UCACUGUCCAGCACAAGGCAGCACUGCCCAAACCACCUCCUUGGCCUCUAGCUAGCUACCGCCCAACGCGCCAUUAGCAGCAGCAGCAGCGGUGGACCGGUGGUAGCAACCGAUCGGCACCCAUGGCCCAGAUGCUCUCCGCCAUGACCAUGACGAUGGACACCGUCCCCACCGCCCCCGCCAUUAUGCCCGCCCAGCCCAUCUGCCUGGACGCGCCGCUGUCGGGCUCGGGCAUCGCCGUGCUGUCGAGGCAGGCCGUGCACCCGGACGGCCCGCCGUCGGCGCUCGGGGACCUCACGCUCUCCGUCUCCGACCUGCCCAUGCUGUCCUGCCACUACAUCCAGAAGGGCCUCUUCUUCCCCGCCCCCGACGUCCCCAUGGCCUCCCUCGUCUCGCUCCUCGUCUCGUCGCUCUCCCGCGCGCUCGCCGUCUUCCCGGCCCUCGCCGGCCGCUUCGUCACCCUCCCCGACGACCGCAUCGUCAUCCGAUGCAACGACGCCGGCGUCGAGUUCCGCCACGCCGUGGCACCGGCCCUGUCGCUCAACGACUUCCUCGUGCCCAACGCCGACGUCCCCACCAGGCUGACCAAGGACCUGUUCCCCAUGGACCGCACCGUGAGCUACGAGGGCCACCGCCGCCCUCUCACGUCGUUCCAGCUCACCGUGCUCGGCGAUGGCGCCGUCUUCAUCGGCAUCGUCGCCAACCACGCCGUCGUGGACGGCACCUCCUUCUGGCACUUUUAUAACACCUGGGCCGCCCUUUGCCGCGGCGCGUCGCCCAGGCUGCCGGACUUCCGCCGCAACUUCUUUGGCGAGUCAACGGCCGUCCUCCGCUUUGCCGGCGGCGUGGGCCCCGCCGUGACCUUUGACGCGGACGCGCCCCUUCGCGAGAGAAUCUUCCACUUCAGCAGGGACGCAAUUCGCGAGCUGAAGGCGAUAGCCAACCGUCGGUCGAGCGCCGGUCAAGAUGCCGAGGUUUACGGCAAGAUGGCGCACGACCCGAAGAACCAGGAGGCCCGCGGCGAGAUCUCGUCGUUCCAGUCACUGUGCGCGCAGAUAUGGAUCUCGACGACGCGCGCGCGGAAGCAGCUCGACGCCGACGCGACGACGACGCUACGCCUGGCGGUGAACUGCCGUCACCGGCUGCGCCCGGCGGUCUCCCCGGCCUACUUCGGGAACGCCAUCCAGAGCGCGCCGACGACGGCGACGGUGGCGGAGCUGGCGUCCAACGACCUGCGGUGGGCGGCGUCGAGGCUGAACGCGAGCCUGGCGGCGUACGGCGACGAGGCGAUACGCGGGGCCGCGGCGGGGUGGCAGGCGGCGCCCCGGUGCUUCCCGCUGGGCAACCCGGACGGCGCGGUGGUGACGAUGGGCAGCUCCAACCGGUUCCCGAUGUACGAGGGCAACGACUUCGGGUGGGGCCGCCCCCUGGCGGUGCGCAGCGGGCGCGCCAACAAGUUCGACGGCAAGAUGUCGGCGUUCCCGGGCCGCUCCGGGGACGGCAGCGUGGACAUCGAGGUGUGCCUCGCGCCGGACACGAUGGCGGCGCUGCUCCGCGACGACGAGUUCAUGCAGUACGUGUCGUGCCCGGCGCACCUGUUGUGAUCGAUCGAUGUACCCCUACCGGUCAGUGCGGGCUCGCGACCGUCCGUGCGUGCGUGCGCAAGUAGGGCCGCCAUGACAUGUCGUCAAGCUGCCUGGUUGGUGUGCGGGAAGAAGCCAUUUCGGGACGAGGUGGUGCGCGCGGGCGGUGGGCCUGGUACUCGUAUGUAGUGCUUGGAUUGACUAGUUUAGGCAGCGACGUUUGCUGAAGGAGAUGAUGGAUUGUGGAACUGGUAACUGAAAAUAAGGUUGUGAAAGUGUUUGAUUGCA